CAGAUUACUUGAAACCCGAAAAAAGCCCAUUAAAACACAAAGACGCACCUCUUUUCUUCACUUCUUCAAAAUCACAUGCUCUUUUAGCAAUUAUCCCCAAAACGCCCCCAUCUUCAUUCGUCAAACUCAAACCCCCCAAUUUCUUCCACCUCACCCUCCCUCGUAAUUUCCCUCAUUUUUCGAUCUCAUUCUCUUAACCGCCACCGCCUCCGCCUCCACUCUCCUCUAAAUCUAUACUGUACGUUAAACCGUUCCUUUUUGGCCGUGAGGGUUCCGACCGCCUUCAUUCCCAUUCAGAGCAAUUAGGGUUUCCACUGUCGUUUUUAUUCCGUCCGUUUCGAGAAUCGACUGUAGUUACCUUGAAAGAUUCGAUGUUAGGGUUUUUAUAUUGAAUGUUGAUUUGAGAUUGGUGCUUCAUUUUUGUAUCCGGACGGUUUUAUUUUUAUUUUCCGGUUAGGGUUUUUUUUUGUUUUGUUUUCGAGGUCGUGUAGUUGGGCUCCGGUGAUGCCGCGAAGUUCAAGGCACAAAUCUAGCAAACAUAGUUCUAGGGACGCCAGGGAUUACUCGGAUUCGGAGAAAGAUUCGGGCUUAAAGGAGAAGGAAAAGGAAAAGAAGAGUAAGGAGGAGAGCAGUGGUAGGUUUUCGAAGGAGCCUGGAUCCGGUGAGAAGAGAAAGCUUGACUCUAAGGAUACCAAGGAACUAUGGAUUUCGGGGAAUGGAGAUUAUGUUGAGGAGUACAGUUCCUCGAAGCGGCGUAAAGAUAAGGCAGAUGAUGGAGUAAGCGAUAGAUGGAAUGGCGGUGAAGAUGAUGGUAAAGGAGAGAAGAAGUCUAAGGCUUUAAGUGAAUCGAAGAGUAAGAGACGAGAGGAUGUUGAAGCAGAUGAUACAAAGAGGAGUAAGAGUGAGGGGAAGCAUCGGGAAUAUAGUCGAAAGGAGGAAAGGGAUAGAGAAAGGAAAAGUAAAGAAGGCAAAAGUGAUAGGCUGAUUGAGAGUGAGGAACACCGCACUGUGAAACAAUACGCCGAAAGAACUGAUAUGGAUGUACCAGAUCGGUUGCAAAGUCCUGAAUCAGAGAGCCAGCUUGAGAGACGGCUUAGGAAAAGGAGAGAUACUUCUGGUGAUGGGGAUAAGCAUCUGGAAGAUAAUGGAGACAUUUUGGACAAACAGUUUUAUGUAAGCAAUGAUAUCGGCAAGGAUGGAAGAGCAAAAGAUGAGAAGCAUAAGGAUGAGAGAUACAAAGAAAAGUAUCGAGAAGACAUGAACUGUGAAGACAAGUGCCAAGAUGAUAAAUUGAGAGAUGAUCGAUCAGCAAGUGAUCUUGCUAAUAGCAAGUCUAGUGAGAAGCAUUUGAGGGAUGGAAAAGAUGAUGUGAAAGUUCGGCAGAAGAAGUCCAAGGUUCAAGAUAGUGACUAUGAGCGUGAUCGUGACCAUGAUAGAGACCGUGAUCGUGAUAGAGACCGUGAGCGUUAUAGGGAGAGGGAGCGGGAUCGAGAGCGUGAGCGUUAUCGUGAUCGUGACCAUUAUCGAGAACGUGACCGCAACCGUGAUCAUGACCAUGAUCGUGAUUAUGAUUCUCAAUGGGAUCGAGACCGAGAUCAUGAUCGUGAACGUGAUCGCCGUUACAGUGAUCGGGACAAGGAUAGAGAUCAUGACCGUGACGAGUUACAUGAUGAACGGAGGAGUACAAGAUACAAAGACAGUAAGGGAAGGAAACGAUCUCCUGAUGAUCGUGAUGAUGGUAAUGAUACUAAAUCUCGGGGUGCUAAAUUACACUACUCUGACAUGGAAAAUAAAUCAUCAACUUCUGGGAGAGUUGAGGUAGAUGCUGAUAGGGGAAGGUCUCAGUCACGCCCAGCCAAUUUAGAUGCUGCUAUGGGCAGCAACAGAAGGAGAGCUUCUCCCAGCUCGAUUUCCCAUGGUGGGACUGAUGAGUAUAGACAUUUGAAACAAGAAGAUUCGAAGCAUAGAGAUCCAAUGACAGAGCAGAGGUCGAAAGCUGCUUCAUCAAGAGAGGUAACUAGUUUUUCUGAAGUCUCAGAGAGAGGUGCUAAGUAUAGAUCCAUGGAGAAAUCAAGUAGGGUGGAUGAGGGCCAUUCUGGGGAGUUACCAAUUGAGAGGUCCUCGAGUUCAAAAGCUUCCCCAAUGAGUAUGAUGGAAAGAUCUCCUUCAACAAGUCUUGAGCGUAGAUAUACGAGUAGAAGUGGUGUUAAGCGGGGUCUUGAUACAGAGGAGACAGGAUGGAGUAGUGCCUCUGUUGGUGGCAGAGAAGAGGAUAAUAGACUUGGUCGAGACUUGCCUCCUGAGAAGCCUCUUUUGGAUGGAUCUUGUCAAGCAGAUUCUGUAUUCUAUAAUAGAGCCGGUCAGGGCAACUCAUCUUUAAUUCCACAGUCGCCUGGUUUAAGAGCUGGAAUUGGCAGCCCAUCUUUUAUGGGUUCUCUAGAAGAAGAUCAUAGAUUUAAUAACUCUGGUCGUUACAAGAGGAGUGGUGAUCUGAACGUUAGAAGAGGGCAUGCAAAUGCUUGGAGGGGUGCGCCAAACUGGCCAGCACCUCAUCCAAAUGGUUUCAUCCCAUUCCAACCUGGGCCACCACAUGGUGGUUUUCAAGCUAUGAUGCCACAGUUUCCUUCUCCAUCUCUGUUUGGUGUUAGACCCUCAAUGGAAAUUAAUCACUCUGGGAUUCCAUAUCAUAUACCUGAUGCCGAAAGGUUUAACAACCAUUUGAGACCAAUUGGCUGGCAGAAUCCGAUGGAUGGCUCUGGUCCAGGCCAGUUUCCUGGUUGGGAUGGUCACAGUGUUAGUUUUAGGGAUGAAGCACACAUGUUCGGGGGUCCUGAAUGGGACCAGAAUAGGCAUCCAGUGAAUGGUCGGGGAUGGGAUACCGGUUCAGAUGUGUGGAAGGGACAAAAUGGUGAUGUUGACUUGCCCUCAACAUCUCUGAAAGAGGACCAUCCUCUGCAGGCCCCUCUUGAUGUCUAUGAUGGACAGGAACGUCAGAGGUCUCAAUAUGAAAAUGGCGAUAAUGAUGUUCAGGUGAAAGGUUUUGAAUUAAGAUCUGAUGUCUUGCCACCAGCAAAAGAAUCUUCUAGAUGUUCACCUGAGAUUGCACACAAGGCACCUGAUUCUUCCAAAAUAUCGAGUGAAGAUGAUGAUGCUCGCUGUUGUCAACUUUAUCUUUGUAAGCUUGACAUUUCAGCAGAACUAGCUGGUUCUGCUUUGUAUGAUCAGUGUACAAGUUUGCUGAAUGUGGAGCGAAGUAAAGAUUUGGGUAAAGAUGUAACAAUGCUUGUGAAUUUGAAGAACGGUGGACGACCAGUACAAAAUGCUUCUAUUGAUGUUCUGAGCCCUUCACUUAUUCCUGCAACUAAUGCAUUUGUUUUUCAGAAAGCCAUGGACCUCUACAAGAAACAGAGGCUACAAAUUUGUGCUAUUCCAAAUGCCAACGGUGGGAUGUUGGCAUCUACUUCAAUGCCCAAGGAGGAGCAAAGUUCUGAUCAUGUUGUCGAUGAAGCAGAGGAGCCAGUUUUGAUUUCUGAUGCUGAAAUGGUGGAUUCAGAUCAGCAGAAAGGAGACGCUGUUCUGACUUCUACUUCUCAUGAGAAUAUGGAACAACUUGUUUCGAUUCAAAGCAGAGAGUUACCAGAUCAUCUGGAUAGCCUUUCUCCAGAAAAAACAGAACUGCCAAGUAGUGAUUCUGGUCACAUGGAGCCAGGGGUGCCUAAACCAGUUUUGAAUGGUGAUAAGGCAGAAGAGACCAACACCGAGACUGAUCAGAUAAAUCCAAUGGAUGUAGUUGAAGAUUCAUUGCGGUCUCUUGAUGAUGCAGCAGAGGCAGUUGGUUUGCCUGCUGACGAGGAAAACUCAAAUGAUAUAAAUAAAACCGAAGGUAAUAGUACUGUGUACUGUGCCAAGGAAAUACAUGCUUUUGAUGAUGCAAUUAGUGGUUCUUUAAAUGAUUCUCCUAAGGUAUCAGGUGCUUUGAUUCCCGGGUCAAAUGAGUCUGGGUCGGAGUUGGUAAUUUUAACUGGGAUACAUCAUUCUCCUGAAAAUACACAUUGAGACAAUUUCUAUAUCCAUGUUCUUUUUAUAA